AUGAGCGUUGAAGAGGUGCCUCGUUGCGCAGCCAAGUACCACUACCCCAGCAUGUUACCAGCCGGCACACACAAAAUUCCUUCUGAAGGAUCCAACAGCUUUGCAGUUAGCCCCCGUUGGAGCAGCAAAGCGAACGUUAAAUGGCUCCACACGGCCAUACCUCACUUGCCGGCACACACGAAGCGUCACCUGGCGCCCAUGGUAUCAGCCCACAAUGAUGUAUUGACUGGGCCUAACUGGGCCUACCCUGUCGCUACUUCGGGUAGCCGUUCCCCUACGCCUUUGCAGGUAGCAUCGACAGCACGGCUCGGUACCGAUGGAGAGGAGAGCAUCGACAUACGUCUCCGCGGUCGAAGGCGACGUAAACAACACUUUACACUGCCUACCGUGGGCGGCUGA